AUGAAGCUGCUUGGAAGUUGGACGACUUGUGCGCUGGUAAUAUUGAUGGGCAUCAGCAUUACGGUGGAUGCUCGUCGCUUGGCCCUUCGACCGCUGUCGCUGAAAGAACUACGCAGGGCUUUGCGUGAAUCGGGUCAGUUGGAUGACACACCAGCUGGUCGCUCCGUAGCCUCAGCUUUGGCUGGCAUCAAGGGCUUUGCCUUGGGCAUAACCAAAGGUGUCGGCGGUUCCAUUCUAUUUGAUGUGGUUACCGCGAAUGCCACUUUGGAGUAUGUAAGCAAUCUAUUAAGCUCGGCAUCAUCGUCAUCGGACAGCGAUAGCAGUGGGACAGCUCAAGAGAUUUGUUUCAGAAGUCGCAGCUUAGAGGGCGAGCUUAUUCGAGGGAGAAGUUCGGCUGAUACAGAAGAACAGGAGAGAGCAGGAAGCGGAACUACUUCCACAGAUUCUGGAACAGGUACAGGUACAUUAGGAUCUACGACGGGCACUACUUCUGGCGGAUCCAGUGGCCUUACCUGCAUUGUGUUGAACAAGGGAAGAAGGAGACGGGACACUUUGGCAAACGAGACUCCUAGACAGCACACAGAGAAGAAACGAGUUCAGAGAAACCUGCGAAAGAGAUUUCUGAAGAAUCAACGUUAAAAUA